AUGAGCAGGUGCGACGCAAUUGAAAGUACGCCAUCUCCCAUUGAGGUUGUUUAUUCUCUAUCAGACAAAUUUCCAGUACCUGGACGAACAGAAAUCAAUAUGAAAGCAGCCAACGAUGAGACGAACAGAAACAACAACAACAAUAGUACAGGUGGAAGUACUCUCCAAGUUCAAGAUUUACUAGCUCUUGGUAAGCGUUUCGAGUUUGAAGCGACUGAAUCUGUAUCUGGCGGACCCGUUGAUUUCAUCGCUGCCAAUUAG